UUCAAACUCCAUACCCUCCUCACCACAGUACCAAAAAAGUUUUCUGUGUGUGUCCCCUCCAUCUUCUCUCACAACAUGCACUUCACCAUGACUCUCCCAAAACCACCCUCUCCGGAUAUCUCCCUUCUCUCCUCUACUUUUUCUGCUUCUCGCUUUCCCACCCCCUCUCUUCCCAGAUUGAGUAUGCCGGAGAAGGCCAUGCCCAAGGAGGCGGCCUACCGGAACAUUCACCAUGAGCUGCGGCUGGAUGCCAAUCCCAAGCUGAACCUGGCAUCUUUCGUGACGACUUCCAUGGAGGAAGAAUGCAACCAGCUCAUCAUGGAAUCCAUUAACAAGAACUACGUUGACAUGGACCAGUACCCCGUCACCGCCGACCUUCACAAUCGAUGCGUGAACAUGUUGGCAAGAUUGUUCCAUGCUCCGAUGGGAGAGAAUGAGAGCGGAGUCGGAGUGGGCACGGUUGGAUCGUCCGAAGCCAUCAUGCUGGCAGGGCUUGCUUUCAAGAAGAGAUGGCAAAACGCGAGGAAGGCUCAAGGCAAGCCUUUCGACAGGCCUAACAUCGUAACUGGUUCCAAUGUCCAGGUGUGUUGGGAGAAAUUUGCAAGGUAUUUCGACGUGGGGCUGAAGGAAGUGAACGUGAAGGAAGGGUACUACGUGAUGGACCCAGCAAGAGCGGUGGAGAUGGUGGACGAAAACACCAUCUGUGUGGCAGCAAUUCUGGGUUCUACUUACAAUGGCGAAUUUGAAGAUGUCAAGCUCUUGAACGACCUCCUUCUCCACAAGAACAAACAAACUGGAUGGGAGACGCCGAUUCAUGUGGAUGCAGCGAGUGGAGGGUUUAUAGCGCCAUUUUUAUACCCGGAGCUAGAGUGGGAUUUCAGGCUGCCAUUGGUGAAGAGUAUAAAUGUGAGCGGCCACAAAUAUGGACUGGUUUAUGCUGGCAUUGGUUGGGUCCUUUGGAGGACCCAACAAGACUUGCCACAAGACCUUGUCUUCCACAUCAAUUACCUCGGAGCUGAUCAGCCCACCUUCACCCUCAAUUUUUCCAAAGGUUCUAGCCCGAUUAUCGCCCAGUAUUAUCAGUUAAUUCGCUUGGGCAAAGAGGGCUACCGUAAUGUGAUGGAGAAAUGUAGAGAAAACGCCAUGGUGGUGAAAGAAGGAAUAUUAGAGACAGGAUGCUUCAACAUAGUCUCAAAGGACGAGGGUGUUCCUGUGGUGGCAUUCUCUCUCAAGGACCGAAGCCGGCACGACGAGUUCAAGAUCUCGGCCAUGCUUCGCCGGCACGGGUGGGUUGUGCCGGCGUACCCGAUGCCACCCGGUGCUGAGCACAUCAACGUGCUCCGAGUAGUGAUAAGGGAGGAUUUGUCUCGCGCGCUGGCCGAACGCCUCGUGAUGGACAUCACGAAUGUGUUGCAUGAACGUGAAAUGCUUCCUCAAAACAUGUCCACUGUUGAACAAGGUAUUAAUUCUGCUAACAACAUUAAUGUGAAGGAACAUGAUCGCAUUGAAGCAGCAGUGAAGAGGACUGCCUUGGAUGCCCGAAGGCGAAUCAUUGCUCAAGAAGCUAGCAAGCGCCAAAAAAUCUUAGCAGCCUAGUGAAUAGUGAAGAGCUGUUAAUUGCAAGAGCAAAAACUUAACUGUACAUUAACUAAUUAGCUUUUUCUACUAAUUCAUAUGGAUUAAUUUUAUUUUUUUAUUGUUUUCUUCUAAGUUUUUCAUGUAAGUAAUGGUAUCGAAUCUGAUAUUAAUUGUAAUGAUGCUUUAGAUCCCUUCUCGUGCAUUCAACAGAAAUAGGAUUUUUAUUGCGUGUUUAUAUUAUUAUAGUAUGUAUAUAUGUGUGUGUAUAUUAAACUAAUA